AUGCCUAUUGGUGGGGAAGGAGGAUUCUCAUGGUCGACUUUUGGGUUUGGCGCCGAAGACCGUGAACAACGAGCCUCAGAGCAAUUUGGAUCGGUGUUUGAGGAGAUGUUACGCGAAGAAGGGCUUUCUAGCGAAGAUGGUGAGGAUGGAAGACACACAUACACCAGGCCUACCUCCCGAUUUUGGUCAAUUCUGGGUGGGAUAAGUGGCGGGGCACUUGGAUUCAUUGUAGCCAAUGCUCCAGGCGCAUUCGCCGGUGCUGUUACAGGACAUCGGCUCGGUGCUGUCAGAGAUGCUAAAGGUAAAAGUGUCUACGAGGUUUUUCUAGAUCUUUCGCAGAAUGACCGUGCCCGAUUGUUAAGCGAGCUGGCGGCCAAGGUCUUAGAGACUACUAUGGGGCGUUAA